UGGAGACCGGGACGCGGCUAGGGAUGGGGAAGGGGCGGGCCAGAAUCCUGUCUCCGGCGCCGCCCAGCCCACUCAGAGCCCAGGUCGCCAGUUCAGCUCCAGGGAGGUGGGCUGGAGAGCAGAGCUUGCCGGCCGGGUAGGGGGGCUCAGACUCCUGGUUGAGGGGCGGGGAAGGAGGGUGACGUGAGCCCGGCCGGGCGGGAGGAGUUGGGACCCGCUCGCGGAGGCGGGGGCAAGCGCCCAGAGGCAGACGCGCAGAGGGAGGCGGCCAAGCGGCGCGGGCGGCUCUGCGGAGGGCGCGGUGGGCGCGGGCGGCGGGGCCCGGGAUCCCCGCGCGCCUCCUCCGCGCGGCGCCGCCGCCGCGCGUCCCCACGCCCCGCGCUCCACGCGCCCUCGCCCCGCGCCUCCCCUGCCCGCCUCCUGUCAGCCUCCCGGCCGCAGCCGUCUGCAGAGCGAGCGCUCAAACGAAGCUCUCCAGCAAGUUGAUCGGUGGCAGAACCUGGGACGGAUCCCCCCAGCCCUGAUCCGGCGGCGCGUGGAGGCAACCCGCGUGGGCCAGAGGGGUGAUCCUCUAAAACCCCGGCCACGCCGAUCACAGCCUCGCAGGUCAUUGCACGGUGCGCCGCGCCACCGGCUUCGUUGCCUGCCUCCCCGGAGGGCAAAGCCGCUCUCCUCGGACCCUCGCGGCCAGCUUCGUCGCCGGUGACAGCUCCAGAGAGCGCCCGCUUCGUCGCCGCCCGCGCUGUGUGACCUGCGGAGGGGCCCCGCGCCCCGACACCCGGCAGGAGGAUGUGCGUCCCCGCGGGCCGGCCCGCCUGAGCGAUGCGCCCCCUCGGCGGCGGCGCGCCGGCCGGCAUGGAGCCCCGCGCGGCCGCGCUCUGACUCGCUGUGCGCCCCGCGGCCGGCGGGCGGCGGCGGCCCGAAGCCGGAGAGCGGCGCCACGGGACGGGAGCGAGCGGGCGCGGGCGCCGCGCAGAUGGCCGGGGCAAGCAAGGUCUGAGGCUCGGUUUCCCGAAACGUGACCAUGUGGAUCCAACAGCUUUUAGGACUCAGCUCCAUGUCCAUCCGAUGGCCCGGCCGCUCUCUCGGAAGCCAUGCCUGGAUACUGAUAGCCAUGCUGCAGCUUGUAGUCGACUUCCCGUCCUGUGAUUCGUUAGGCCCAGGGCCUGAGUUUCGGCUUCUCUCACGCCCACAGAGGCCACAGCGGCUGUGGAGUCUGCGAAGCGGACCCCCAACAAGGCUACCAACACCAGCCUGGAGUCCCCGCUCUGCCCGGGCCGAACGUGCGCACGGGCCCAUACAGAUGCAGACUCCCCGUGCUCGGAGGGCCCACAGGCCCAGGGACCAGGUGGCCACCCUCGGACCCAAAGGGGGACUCACCAAGCCCCCAGCUGCCACCGGAUCCAGCCCUUCCCUCCCUUCUGCAUCGGCCUCAUCCUCCAUGGUGGCCGCUGGCACUGCAGAGCAACAGAGCCUCCUCAGGCGGGGCAGGAGACACACGCAUGAUGCAGAGUUCAAUGAUUUCGACUUUCGUGGUGGCAGGCCCACGACAGAGACAGAAUUCAUAGCCUGGGGGCCUACGGGGGAUGAGGAAGCCCUAGAAUCCAACACUUUCCCUGGUGGGUUCGGCCCCACCACGGUCUCCAUCUUGCAAACACGGAAGACAACUGUGGCUACCACCACCACCACCACGGCCAGCACGGCCACCACCAUGACACUGCAGACUAAGGGGGUCACUGAGUCCCUAGAUCCCUGGAAAAGGACCCCUGUUGGGGUUAGCACAACAGAGCCUUCCACCAGUCCCAGCAACAAUGGGAAAGAUAUCCAGCCCCCAAGGAUCUUGGGGGAGACCUCAGGUCUGGCUGUGCAUCAGAUCAUCACCAUCACCGUCUCCCUCAUCAUGGUCAUCGCUGCACUCAUCACAACUCUUGUCUUAAAAAAUUGCUGUGCCCCAAGCGGGCACACUCGGAGGAACAGCCACCAGCGAAAGAUGAACCAGCAGGAGGAAAGCUGUCAGAACUUAACGGACUUCACCCCGGCCCGGGUGCCCAGCAGCGUGGACAUCUUCACGGCCUACAAUGAGACACUGCAGUGUUCCCACGAGUGUGUCAGGGCAUCCAUGCCCGUGUACGCUGAUGAGACACUGCACUCCGCUGGGGAAUACAAGUCCACAUUCAACGGAAACCGAUCCUCAUCUGCAGAUCGGCAUCUCAUCCCUGUGGCCUUUGUGUCUGAGAAAUGGUUUGAAAUCUCCUGCUGACUGGCCGAAGGCUUUUUACCUCCUGGGGGCAGGGCAGACACCAUGUGUCUGUUUCAUGGAUUCCGUUGGUGAACUUGUACAAACAAAACAACAAAACAAAAAAUUAUAAAACCUAAAACUAAACUAAGGGGAGGGUCCCGCACCUGCUACUUCUGUUUGCCAGUGGGAAACUCGGCAGAGCAGGACACCCAAGGCCAAAUCUAUUUUUGUAAUGUUGCUCGUGCCUAGGGGCGCUCCCUUCUCCCAGAGUUUUCUUCGGAGAGCAGAAAGAAACGCAAGAAGUGACUAGAGACAGUAGAGAAAGCCAAGCAGAAGGUCAGGAGACAGCUCCCAACGCCUGGGACUCGCACCACGAUUUUGAACCUGUGCCAAUAAUACCACUAUGUGCCAUGAAAUGAGCCGGAAGCUCGGCCGGAGCCGAGCCCAGCAAACCACGUGGAGAAAUCUUACAGAGGACAGGGGUGGGGGAUCACUUCCGGUAGAGUCACUAUUUCUGGUUAAUAUACAUAUAUAAAUAUAUAAAUACCAACACAGACACACACACUUUUUUUGUACUGUAGCAAUUUUUGAAGAUCUUCAAUGUUCCUUUUUAAAAAAACAAAACAAAACAAAGAAUUGUGUUCUAGUUACAAACUUGAUUUAUUUACCAUGCUUAGUAUGAACAGAAUAAACUCGUGUUUUGUACUUGGGCAACUCACAUCACAUGCUGCGGACACACACACACGCACCUGCACACACAGACACACAAGCAUUUAUAUGCAUAUAUCGGAGAAGCGGUUCUGCAGGUGGCCCGGUAUUCCAUCGCCAUUCAUCCAGGGGGACAGCCUCAACCCAGAUGAGGAGGCCUGUACAUGACAUCCUUCAUCUGCCAGAUACUUGCCGAACGGCACUCGGUGUGUGGCUUCUCACCUUGGGCCAGAAUUAAGAAUGCUGUGGUUUUCUCUCUGUGUUCACCCACAUGAUCCGUGCUCCGUUUCUUCCUUUAACUGUCUGAAGAUGCUAACAGCCACACGCGUUCAUGUAGCCGACUGCCAACGAGUGAGCCUGAGCACCAGGUUGGGCGGGUGGUGGAUUCUCAAACAUUUGUGUUAUACAAGCAUAGACUGAAUUAAAGAGAUUUUUCAGUUCUAUAAUUAAAGGAAUAUA